UCUUCAACCAUUUUCUUUUUUUUUCCCCUCUUUUGCAACUGUAUGCUUCUUCUUUCUACUGGUUUAGAUAAAAUUUUUCGCUGGAAGAGAAUGACGAGACAGAAAAUUCAGAUCAAGAAGAUUGACAACACUGCGGCGAGGCAGGUGACUUUCUCUAAGAGGAGAAGAGGCCUUUUCAAGAAAGCUCAAGAGCUUUCCACUCUUUGUGAUGCUGAGAUAGCACUUCUAGUCUUUUCAGCCACCGGAAAGCUCUUUGAAUACUCCAGCACAAGUUCGAGGCAGGUGAUUGAAAGGCGCAAUCUGCAGUCAGAAAGGAUUGACAGAUUGGAUCCCAUUCCAUCUCUUGAGCUGCAGCUUGAGAGUAGCACAUAUGCCAUGUUGAGCAAGGAAAUGGCGGAAAAGACCCAAGAACUGAGACAGCUGAAGGGAGAGGAGCUCCAAGGGUUAAACUUAGAAGAAUUGAAAAACCUAGAGAAAUUACUGGAAGGAAGCCUGAGACGAGUUAUAGAAACAAAGGAUGAGCGAUUUUUUAAAGAAAUCAGCACCCUCAAGAGGAAGGGAGCACAACUGAUGGAAGAAAACCAGCAACUGAAACAGCAAAUGGAGAAUUUACCUCGUAUGGUCCAAGCUGUUGUAGCUCAGCAAGGCCAACCAUCAGAGUCCAUUGCCCAUAUUCACAGCUCUGCAGAUCCUGCUCAAGGCUAUAAUAGCUCUGACAUUUCUCUCAGAUUGGGGUUACCUUUCCCUAACUGAGUGUUGAAAGGCUAGAGAGGAUGAUGUCAAGAAGUGAUCAUCCUCUGGCAUAAUCUCAUCUUUAAAUGCAUGUCUGAGCAGUAAAUAUAGCACCUGGCUCCUAUAUGUAUAAUGUAUUUAUCUUUAUAACCAAUUUAUUAUUGCAACUAAUGGAGUUUAUAUAUUGAGUGGUAAUUUGUUUUUGGAGAAAAUAACAAUAAAACUGGGUUCGCAUGCCUAGUUAAGUGUAUAAAGAUGAGUUAUAAGUACGAAUUAAAGGUAGGGUCGAAGUGUUGGAAAAA